GGCCUUUCCUUUUCAUAGCUCCAUACUGCAAGACUCUUAUCGAAAUAGAAAAUUAAAAGAGAUAAAGAAAACCCAAAUGGCUCGUUCAUAUCAAAACUUUGAUCCCACGUCGGAAUGGAUAGAUGAGGAAGGAUCAAAAACUCUCACCAUCAAUCUUCCGGAAUUUAAGAAAGAACAAAUAAGAGUUCAGCUCAAUGCCCCUCAGAAUUUGAAGAUCUCCGGAGAACGAAACCUCGGCAACAACAAAUGGAGCUGUUUCGAAAAGAAUGUUCAGAUUCCAAACAACUGCGACAUCAAUGGACUCCGGGCAAAAUUCGACGGCGAAAUUCUAUCCAUCAUAAUGCCCAAAAUAAUCACUCCGGUCCAGCCUCAAGUCCAGACAAUACUAACCCAAUCGGCGCCACCUAGUAAGAAACCGGUGACUGAGCCAAAGCCCCAGGUCCCACCUAACACAACUCCAGAAGCACCACCGAGUCAAAAACCCGAGACCGGAACCCCACCCAAAACAGCUCUUCAAAAACCACCGAGUCAAAAACCCGAGAUCAAAACCCCACCUGAAACAGCUUUUCAAAAACCACCGGGUCAGAAACCGGUAAGCGAACCAGAGUCGUCUCAACCACCACCGAGUCAAAAACAUGCAGCUGAAAAGACUCCGGAGAAGGAGCAGGGAAAGGUUGAUGGGUCGGCGGCCGGUGGAGAAAGCAAAAGAUAUGAAAACACGGCAAAAGCCAAAGAAGGUGUGAAUGAUGAUGAUGGUGGUGCAAGAGUGAAUAAGGAGGAUAGCUCAACCGGAUCAGGUGUGGCUGCUACUGUGGCUAAUGAUCUCACCAUGGGGGUCUAUGGGCCUAAACAAUUGAUCGUGAAUGUAGUUGUGGGUCUUUUGGUGGUGCUGGCACUUGUGAUUUAUGUGAAAUAUUCUCUAGGCCGGUCCUCUACAAGAGCUACUACAGACUCAGACUAGUCUUAUAUAUUGUGCUAUUGUGCUACUUAUACAUUUGUAAUUAAAUGCAGUAUUUGAUGCUGAGAAUAACAAGUGAUACCUUAUCAAAUAAAGAAAUUUGGGUUUUCAUUUA